GUUGAUGGGCAUUGAUAAAAUAGGCUAGUGAUAUUAUCUCUGCAUAUUUUGGUGGAUAUAUCUCUAUAUCUUAAUUGUAUUGUACAUUCUUGAAUUAAUUCUGCUUGAAUUAGCAAUAUCCUCUUGACAUUUUUGGAGGAGAAGAAAACUAGUUCGGGUAUUGAUUAAAUGACACAGAGACCAUUAUUAAAUAAUCUUAAAUGUGAAUUUACGUUUAUAAAGUUUUGAAGCCAUGGCUAGGAUAAGCAGCUUCGUGUUUCUUGUUGUUGAGAUGUGUUGCUGGUGGUUAAUCAAUGGAAAUAAGGUAUUACUGAUUUCAAUGGACGGGUUCAGAUGGGAUUAUAUUAACCAAGUAGACACGCCAAACUUUGACGCUCUGGCUGGUAAAGGGACACGGGCGGAGUACAUCAACGGUACCUUUGUGACAAAAACGUUCCCAUCGCACUAUACCAUGGCAACAGGUUUAUAUGAAGAAAGCCAUGGUAUAAUAGCCAACAGUAUGUACGAUCCUUUAUUUGAUGACUAUUUCAACAAACGUUCAAAACAAACAAAAUGGUGGGACGGUGGAGAACCAAUGUGGGUUACGGUUCGGAAACAAGGACUUAAAAGUGCUGUCCUCUUCUGGCCAGGCAACGAGUCGGAAAUUAGAGGUAUGAGACCGAACAUUUACUCUGCUUAUAACCAUACAAUGCCGUUUCAAACACGGGUAGAUACCGCUAUACGGUGGUUAUCAAACGAUAUAGAUCUUGCAAUGUUGUAUUUUGAUGAGCCUGAUAGUACAGGUCAUCUCUUUGGACCAAAUUCAUCACAAGUCAGAGCUAAAGUGAAAGAAAUGGAUGAUGUUUUAGGAUACAUUGUAAAACAGUUUGAUCAAGCCAAUCUAUGGGAGACAGUAAAUGUCAUUGUUACAAGUGAUCACGGUAUGACGGAGGUAGAUUACGCAACAAGACAUGUUGACCUGUCUGAGCACAUCGAUAUGAACGCAAUUGACAAAAUUCCAAGCACUGGACCAACUGCUAACAUUCUACCUAAAGCUAACAUGGAUGAUGCUAUUAUUCGUAACCUGACAAAUGUGCCUCAUGUCCAAGUAUACCGUAAAGAAGACGUACCGGAACAUUGGCAUUAUAGGAACCAUAGGAGAAUCUUACCUAUUCUGGUCGUUGCUGAUGAAGGAUGGGUGGUUUUGAAGGGACCUGAGGAAUACAGUGAGCCCGACAGAGGAGCCCAUGGGUACGAUAACACUCUGAUGUCAAUGAAACCGAUAUUCUAUGCACGCGGUCCUAACAUAAAAGCAGGUUAUGAGACCUUGCCAUUUAAUAACGUGGAUAUCUACCCGUUGAUUUGUGAGUUACUGUGCAUACGCCAAGCUCCAAACAACGGAACGUUAGCCAAUACUGAAAAUUUUAUUGUAAAUGUUGAUCAAGAGACAUGUGCAGCCGACACAUCAGGAUCGUCAUCAGCACUGUUUUCGUUGCCGGUCGUGAUUCUGUGCCUUUUAAUCAAACAAGAAUUACAGGUACUUUGAAAAUAGCUCAAAGUUGCGUGCAAAAUGUUAUUUGAAUUCUUGUGACGUUAUGACGUACCGUAAGGUUCCCGCACUUUGUUUAAUACUUUAUAUGAAAAAGAAAACAGUCCUGGAAGAAAGAAGUUUGUCUGAUCUUAUUUUUACUAUUACUUGUUGAAUUAUCAGAAUAUGGCAUGCAAAAACAGAAGAUUCAAUCACUGGCUGUAGGUAUGGAAGUUAUUAUCUGACUCUCGGAUAUCGGUUUAUGCGAUAACUCGGCAGAGCCUCGCCACUUGAACAGUUACCCGCGAACCGGAUAUUCCCGUCUGCACCUAUUACCAGUUAAAGAAUCUUAUAAGGUGCAUCAUACACAAUUUUAUAUCCUAAUUGCAUUUUGUUGUUUAAAAACAACAUACUCUCUGCAUCCGUUUUCAUUUACGAUCAGUUAUGUCAGCACAAUGGAAGUAUGUGCUUGUAAGUACAUGAUAAACGAAUAUAUCUAAGGAAAGAAUUGUCAAUUUGUUUGGAUUUUAGAUUGUAUUUCUUGUUGAUUCAGUUAGUGUUUUAUUGUGUUAGUGUGCGGUUUACACAACAUGCCAGGCAUUAAACAGUUUCAAGUUGUAUCAUUUACCCUUCACAGAUGUAGCUAGACUAUUCACCACGGCGUCGGCGUCAGCGUCAGCGUCGGCGUAACACAUUGGCUACGUUUUUCGCACCAGUCCACAAUUUGAAAAAAACUUUUUAGAUAAAGCUCUGAAACUUU